AGAAAGAAUACAAUGAUGGCUGCCGGAGCAAAUAUAAGGAAAGAGGCAGCCUACCUCAAUCAGUAGUUUGAGGGGAUGGAGUGAAGAGUCAACAUCAUUUACAUCAGCAGAAUAUUGUGUUAGGUCCUCAGAAUGCCUUCCGACCGCCUCGUCUUCCUGACCACUCUCCUUGUGCUACUGAUGGCCGUGUUGACCUCCAGCACCAGAACCACACGCUGGCCCAAACCUCAGACCACCAAGAAGCCCCCUCGAGCUGGGAGCGGGGGUGGAGGUGGAGGAUUAGGACGGACCACCACCACGACCCCAUCCCCUUCCAGCAGUCUCACUGAUGAGACAACUGAGGUUACGAUGGACUCUCACUCCCUCUCCCCUACAGACAGCACCACCUACUCUAGCGACAGUUACUCCACUGAGUUCCACACCGAUGCCAUAGCGCCCCCCGGGAACGCCCUUGGAAACUAUAGCCUUAACUACAAUGAAUGCUUCUUCAACAUCUGUGAGUGCUGUCCGCCAGAGAGAGGCCCCGUAGGGCCCGUGGGAGAGAAAGGGCCAUCGGGACCGCAAGGAGAGAGAGGCCCUCUAGGGUUACCAGGAGAGAAGGGAGAAACAGGGACCAGAGGGCCUCCAGGAUCAGCAGGACUACCUGGAGCCAAUGGACUCAAUGGGGACAUAGGUGACAAAGGUGAUCAAGGACCGGUGGGUCUUCCUGGUGCCCCUGGGAUCCCAGGAAAAGCAGGAGAGAGGGGUGAUCCGGGCCCCAGAGGAGAGAAAGGUGAACGUGGCUUCAGCGGUCUGAAAGGGGACCUGGGAGAAAAAGGAGAGCCUGGCCUGAAUGGGACUAAGGGCAACCCUGGGCGAGAGGGGCCUAUAGGUCCCCCUGGACUAGCUGGGACAAAGGGUCAGAAAGGUGACCAAGGACUUACAGCCGAGUGUUUACCAGGUGAUGUGGGUGAGCGUGGGCCCCCUGGUAUGAGAGGUGAGAUGGGCCCCCCAGGAGUGAAUGGAACUGAUGGUGUAAAGGGAGAGAGAGGGGAGCCAGGGCCUCCGGGAGGGAAGGGGGAUACUGGUUCUAGAGGGCCCCCAGGACCUCCAGGAGGGAGGGGCAUGGCAGGGCAGAGGGGGGAGAGGGGAGCUAAAGGUGGGCGUGGGCCUCGUGGCCCUAAAGGCCCACCAGGUGAGAGUGUAGAGCAGAUUCGCUCUGCCUUCAGUGUGGGCUUGUUUCCCAGCAGGUCCUUCCCUCCGCCCGGCCUGCCUGUGAAGUUUGAUAAGAUAUUUUACAAUGGGGAGGGACACUGGGACCCAACAAUCAACAAGUUCAAUGCCACCUACCCAGGGGUCUACUUAUUUAGCUAUCACAUUACCGUGCGCAACCGGCCCGUGCGUGCUGCUCUAGUAAUUAAUGGGAUACGGAAGCUGCGGACUCGGGAUUCUCUGUACGGCCAGGACAUCGACCAGGCGUCCAACCUGGCACUGAUGCAGCUGAAUGAAGGCGACCAGGUGUGGCUGGAGACACUGAGAGACUGGAACGGAGUUUACUCCAGCAGUGAGGAUGACAGCACUUUCUCUGGCUUCCUGCUUUACCCAGACCCAAAGAACAAACCUACUGAUAUGUGAAACAUGUGACGGCAGCCUUUGACCUUGGAUGACCCUAGUAGUUACUACAUGUAGACUCUGCACAACCUUCAGCCUAUUGCACUGCUCUGUCAAAUGAAUGUGAUUUAGCUAAAUGCUGCUGCUUCGGUAUCUGCUAGCUGCUGCCGUGCUAAUCAAACUAAAUGCUUUGCUUGCCUUGCUGUAUUUGGAGAUGGAUGAGGCUUGAUUAUACUGCUGUAUGCAACACUUCAGUUCUUUGUAACAAUGCAUUAAAAAUGACUAUGCUUGAAAUGGA